GCGCAACUGCAACGCAAAGUUAACAGCUUUUUUUGUUUGAUGUCUUUUGUAAUUCUGUCGUCUGUAAAUUGACUUGAACGGUUUAAGAAACAAUAGAAGUCCCUUUGCCUUGAAUGAGCUAAGAAAAUAAUAAAUUAAGUUGACUUAAUUUCUUUUACAAUUAAACACCAAAAACUACAAUCUCCAGCAGCAACAAUGUCUGACUCAGAAACAACAAACAAUAAGGCCGAAUUGUUCACCUUGGAUAAUUCUCUCAUUGAUAUCGAUAUGGUGGAAGUUGAAGAACUUCUUGACAGUGCAUCAAGACUUCUGGAAGAAGUCUACAGUACCCGGCCUCAAGCAGCAAUGCAAACAAUACCAUCAAGUCCCCGCGAGGAUGCUAUGCAACAAGUCCAAAGAUUUCUUAGUUCAAUUCGAGAACCAGAGGAAGAAGAAGACGUGGUCUUCGUCGAAGCUCGCCCCGGAAAUGCACCGCCAGCCGGCGCCCGUACAACAGCUAUAGUAGACCUAUGCACACCGACAACAGCUGACGACGAAAAUCUAGACACAUCACAGACCGACACACGUCCCUCGCGAAGACGGCGUAGGGCAGAAAACAUUGUACCAGUCCGAUUCCCAAAUAUUGAAAAUGAACCUAACUGCUCAAACUUUACCUCGAAAACCCGUCGUGGAACAAGGGCACAAGCACAGAGACAGCCAAAACCAGAGCCUGUUGAUAAAAGCGACGACGAGCCAUCAAUUAUUCAGAUUGACUCGCCAGCCACCUAUGGCAGUGGGAAGAAAACAAACAGAACCCCCCCAGGCCCCAAUGGGACAGCAAUGCCGGCAUUGACCUGCGCCGUUUGUAUGGAUAGCGUAAUUGGCCGACAACCUUCGUCUACCUCAUGUGGGCACAUCUUUUGUCAUUCGUGCAUUAUGCAGGCCAUCCGUCUGACCAAGAAAUGUCCCCUUUGCAAUUGCAAGUUAAGACAAAACCAAGUGCACCGAGUGUACUUUUGAAUAACCUCUUUUUUUAAGGACUGCUAAAUUAUAUUUAUGUAUUUACGUCUGUUUUAUUAGAUAUUGUGUAAUUUUUCUUUAUACUUUUUGUUUUAAAUAUUUAAAUAAAUCAAAAAAAAAAACAAAAACAAUUAACA